AGCCGAAAGGGAAUCUGUCUGAUUAAAAGAGCAUUUUAAUGCGCGAUUUGAUGACGUAACGACAAUGGUCCAGAAAACAAAUGGCGAAUGCGUUAGCAUCAUCCACAGGCCCUGGGUGCGAGUAACAUGAAGUUGACUGGCACACAUUGCUGCUUUUGCCGUUUGUAUAUUUUCUGUAGGACGGCUGGGCUGUUGAAGUAGGUGGCUUUUGCAGCAGUUUGACCCGCUGGGUGUAAAGCAGCCCGUCUUGCAUAAAGAAGCUCCCUGUAGAAAUGCGCGCUUAUUCGGCAUGCUGCUGCUUAAAAAUGCCCGCUACUCUAUGGAUCUGUUGGCAUAUGGGCCAUUACAAAUACUUGCAUGCGCAGGGAAAGGGCUGAGCCAUGUCUGUUGAUGGAGAUGUUGACUAUGGGCAUGAGUUUCCAGCCCAUUACAAAGUGAUGCUUGACAAACUGAAUGAGCAGCGUCAGCUGGAUCAGUUCACAGACAUCACUCUUAUCGUAGAUGGACAUCAGUUUAGGGCCCACAAAGCUGUUCUAGCUGCCUGCAGUCAGUUUUUCCACAAAUUCUUCCAGGACUUCACUCAAGAGCCUCUAGUGGAGAUUGAAGGUGUAAGCAACACUGCCUUCCGCCAUCUAAUGGAGUUCACUUAUACAGCUACGUUAGCUGUGAAUGGUCAGGAAGAAGUCAUUGAUGUCUGGAGAGCUGCAGAGUACCUUCAAAUGCAGGAGGCGAUCAAAGCCUUGAACAACAGGAAUGGUACCACUUCAAUAAACUCCUCCCAGGCCUUGACUGGAAAGAGCAAGGCUAAGAAGAGGAAGAUUGCAGAGACCUCCAAUGUGAUCACUGAGACUCUUCCUUCAGUGGAGACUGAAUCUGUUGAAAUUGAAGUGGAGGUUGGCGAGGAGCAUAUUGAGGUGGAGGAAAGCGGCCUGGUGGAAGUAGUGGAUGCUGCCAGGAGUUCCACCGGACCCUCAUCGGAUGACUCUGCCUUGGCCUUAUUGGCUGACAUCACCAGCAAGUACCAGCAGGGUAAGCAAACGCUCCAUGUGAUGAAAAAUGAAGAAGAUGAGACAGUAGUGAUGCAGGAAGAGGCUGUGAUGGCCUCCAAGACCCUGGAGAAUAUUGAAGUGGUGGAGGUUCAGAUCUCUCAGCUGGACAACCUUUUCCGUUGUGACAAGUGCGACCGCUGCUUCAAACUCUACUACCACCUCAAACAGCACAUGAAGACUCACACCGCUUCUCCAGAUAGGGGCUUUGUCUGCAGACACUGCGGCAAAACAUACGCUCGCGAAGGAGCCCUUAAACAGCACCUGAGUAAUUACCAUUUUGAUGCAGAGGAACAAUCCCGACGGCAGAAAAAGAAAGUGCAUGUUUGCGAGUACUGUGAAAAGCAGUUUGAUCAUUUUGGACACUUCAAAGAGCAUUUAAGGAAGCACACAGGUGAGAAACCCUUUGAGUGCCCAGAGUGCCAUGAACGUUUUGCCAGGAACAGUACACUGAAGUGCCACAUGUCAGCGUGUCAAAAUGGCGCUGGAGCCAAAAAAGGGAGAAAGAAGCUCUAUGAAUGCCAGGUCUGUAGCAGUGUUUUCAAUAGUUGGGAGCAUUUCAAGGACCAUUUGGUGACACACACGGGUGAGAAACCCAACCACUGCACCAUCUGCGAUCAGUGGUUCACGCAACAUAGAGACCUCCACACUCAUCUGCAAGAACUCCACGGCAUACAGGAGAAGGUUAUUGUCACAGAGGAGGUCAUGAUUUCAGACCCAACCACGGUCUUGGCUGUGGCGGAGGGAGAGGAGAGGGUGAUCCUGGAGGACGGCAUGCAUGUGGAGCAUGUCACUGUGGAGCCGGUGGACAUUGUUGCUGUUGAGGAGACUCUCAUAGUGGAGGAAGAGACACUGCUACAGCCUUCUCAGACUGUGGGUGGGGCAGAAGAGACAAUGGUUUUACAAGUAGAUGGCGAGAGACUGAAAGAACAAGCAAUGGAAAUCCAAAUAGCACAGGUGACUGUUGCAGAACCAGCAGACUGUGAAGUUAAACAAGAGGCAGUGGACAGUCCGAAAGAAGAAAAGACCGCAAAUGUAUGAAAGGCCUCCCCUGUGCAUGGACAUUUUGAGUAUGAAUUAGGAAGGUGAUCUAGGCCUUUUCUCCUUUCCUACCACAUUAAUAUUAUACAGUAAGCUUUGCUUUUCACUUCUCAGAAAGCCGUGUCUCUAUAAAUCUGAUCACAGGUUCAGUCAUGCUUUUAAUGUAUGUUGUGGAUAAGAAUAGUAAGAGAUGUAAUUAUUACAUGAAAAGUGCACGUCGCUAAGACUGUUUCGGGGGUGAAAUGAAUUAAUUUUUUUAAGUUAUCUUUGUAUGUAUGUUUAUAGUUUGUGUAAGAAGUUUAUUUUCAUAAAAGAAUUAAAAGGCAAAAUGUGUCUCCAGAUAAUCAAGAGACUGCAUGUAUGCAGUUCUGUAUUUGAGCUUCAGUCAAUGCUGAAAUACAAUGGUCUGCACCAUUCAUUCUAGUGAAUUUGCUGUUCAUCUGUACAGAGCAAUAAAAUAAUGUAUAAAAUAUUUGUCACAGGUUUUAA